AUGGAUGUUGAUUAUGACAAGGAUAAUUAUAGUCAUGGUCAUGGUGGUUUUCGACCAGGUGCUGGCCGAAAACGAAAGGAAGUGACUACAUCAAUUCAGGCACUGGUGAAUGAUGAUCCCGUAUUGAAAGGGUCUAUAAAUAAUUUAAAGAAUGCAGAUAAAUAUGAGAAAGCAGGCAAACAAGAAGACGAUGAAGAUGAUGAUGACAUCAACAUGGAUGUGUUGGAUGGUACUGAUUAA